AUGGAGAAGUACCUGACAGGCACAGUAAUCGGCCAAGGUGCCUAUGGAACCGUAUACAAAGCCACGUGUCAAAAAACUGGAAAAGAGUUUGCCUUGAAGUGUCACAAGCGCGGCGUAGAGGAAGCAACCGUGAGAGAGCUAUCCUGUCUCACGGCACUACAGGGUCACCCUUAUGUGAUCCAGAUCCACGAAUGUGUCAUACACAACGGAAUGAUGGCCACGCUCAUGUCCUAUGCACCCUACACAUUGUCGAACGUGAUUCACAGUGGACACCUUCUCUGUCACGAGCAAGUCCGAGCGCUAGAGAUUAUUCCGUUGAGUUUCGUGGCUCGUUUCUCAGUUCAAGUGGCUGAAGCACUGUCGUACAUGCACAGACUGAACCUGGUGCACCGGGACCUGACGCCAUUCAAUGUGCUGUUGACAGAAGACCUAACCGUACAAGUGGCUGACAUGGGCCUCUCUAGACAUUCCUGUAAAUGGAUGAGCACACCUGUGGUGACGGAGGCAUACAGGGCCCCUGAAUUGUUUGUGGAAGGUGGAAUCUCAGAGUACACUUGUGCCAUAGACAUGUGGAGCCUGGGAGUGAUGAUUGUCGACGCCAUGGAAGGGAGAGUGGCAUUCGCGAGCACUGGGGUGUCCCCGUACCAGAUCAUUGUGAGGACAUUGUGCCCCAAAGACCACCCCGAUGCUCUUCGCGCGAACGAGAGACUUUUAGCUCACGAGCUACUGAAGGACACAGAAUGGACUGAGGCUGCUCACAUGACCAAAGAAGACAAAGACCUGGUCAGAGACCUGGUCAGAGACCGGAUUGAUCGCCGGCGGGUGGAAGUACGAAUAAACAAGCAAUAG